AUGGUUGAAACGCGGCGGAGCUCGUCUUCAUCGAAGCGCCCCCUCUCUUCGCCGUCGUCUUCUCUGCCCAAUGGAAAGCGAUCUAAGGCGGGCGAUGCGUCUUCAUCUUCUACGAACAAUUCCCCGUCAUCGGAAGAAGUUGUUGGCAGGUCGGCGGCCAAAGAAUUGGAUAGUGGAUCGGCUGAUCUGGCUAGCGGCGGUGAGAACCAGUCAGCUGAUGUGGCGCCAGAGAAAACGCCCGAGGCGGUGGCAGCAGUUGAUUCAGCUGUUGAAGGAGAGAAAGAAAAGCUGGGUGGGCAACGCACGAAUCGAGGAAAGAAGCGACCCGUGAAAUCUAAUGCUGGGGUUGCGUGGGGAAAACUUCUUUCCCAGUCUUCACAGAAUCCGCAUGUUGUCAUGUGCCGGCCAACAUUCACUGUUGGUCACGGCCGCCAAUGUGAUUUGUGGGUGAAAGACCCCACAAUUAGUAAAUCUUUGUGCAGUCUCAAGCGCAUGGAGUCUGAGGGAGGACGUAUGGUUACGUUGCUCGAGAUCACUGGAGAAAAAGGAUUCGUACAGGUGAAUGGUAGGCUUUACUCCAAAGACAAUAGCCUCCUCUUGAAUGGAGGUGAUGAGGUGGUUUUUAACGUGUCCGGUAAACAUGCUUACAUUUUUCAACAACUCAUCUAUACCAGUGCAUCCCUUGAGGAUGUGCCCCCUUCAGUCAACAUAUUGGAAGCUCACGGCAGUCCCAUAAAGGGACUGCAUAUUGAGGCAAAAUCAGACCCGCCAGCAAUUUCAGUUCCGUCUGGGCUAGCAUCCUCGUCAAAUCACACUGAUGAACUAUCUCCUGUUCCUCCUUCAUCACAGGACGGUGAUGAUCUGGAAAAUGGUUCUGAAUUACCAUCUUUGCCCUCAGCCUGUGAACUGUCGGACAAUUGCGUGGACGCUGAAAUGAAGGAUGUUUCUGACCAUAAAGCAGGCAUUUCACCUCCCAAUGGCGCCGAUGAGGACUUGAAUGUGGAUGCCGAUAGUGGGAAGAUUUCCGAUAAGAACAAUAACUUCAGACCACUUAUGCAGCAGCUUCUAGCUAAUUCGGCUGCUCCUCCUUUAGAUAUAAGUAAUAGUGGGAAGAUUUUGGCUGGGAACAAUAACGUCAGACCACUUAUGCAGCAGCUUCUAGCUAGUUCGGCUGCUCCUGCUUUGGAUAUAAGUGGCGGCGUAUCAAGAAUUCUCGACGAGAAUAAGUCAGGCGGGAAUAAGCGGAAGGAUCCCGAACCUGCCCUUUCCAUUUCAUCAAGACGUCAAGCAUACAAAGAUGCUUUACAACAAGGGCUGGUACAUAGCGAAAAUAUUGAAGUGUCCUUUGAGAAUUUUCCGUACUAUCUAAGUGAGACCACAAAAAAUGUCCUUAUUGCGUCAACAUAUAUACAUUUGAAAUGCAAUAAAUUUGCAAAGUUCACUGCGGAUCUCCCGACAGUUUGCCCUAGAAUCUUGCUGUCAGGUCCUGCAGGUUCAGAAAUAUACCAGGAAACAUUGGCCAAGGCGCUUGCUAAACAUUUUGGUGCGGCACUUCUUAUUGUCGAUACUAUUUUGUUACCUGGUGGACCAACGCUGAAAGAAACUGAUUUACCCAAAGAAAGUUCAAAGCCUGAGAGAACAAGUGUUUUCUCUAAAAGAGCCACUGCUGCUCUAAACCUUAAGAAACCAGCCUCCAGUGUGGAGGCUGAUAUAACCGGGGGUUCUACUAUUAGCUCCCAUGCUCUACCUAAACAGGAAGCAUCUACUGCUACAUCAAAAGGCUAUACGUUUAAGAAAGGCGAUAGAGUGAAGUAUGUGGGGUCAUUGCAAUCAGGAUUUCCUCAUGCUCAUUCUACAAUUAGGGGUCCAACCUAUGGUUACAGAGGCAAGGUGGUACUUGCGUUUGAGGAAAAUGGCUCUUCAAAGAUAGGAGUUAGAUUUGAUAGAACAAUUCCGGAAGGCAAUGAUCUUGGAGGCCUCUGUGAAGAAGAUCAUGGUUUUUUCUGUGCAGCCGACUUACUUCGUCUUGAAAGCUCUAGUGCGGAAGAUGCUGAAAAACUCGCUAUUAAUGAACUAUUCGAGGUUGCUUCCACAGAAUGUAAAAAUAGUCCAUUGAUCUUGUACUUGAAAGAUAUAGAGAAGUCGAUGGCUGGAAAUGCAGAGGCAUAUGUGGCGUUAAAAGUUAAGCUUGAAAGCAUUCCAGAAAAUGUUGUGGUCAUAGCCUCACAUUCUCAGACAGACAGCCGAAAGGAGAAAUCUCAUCCUGGUGGACUACUUUUCACAAAAUUUGGAAGCAACCAAACAGCAUUGCUCGAUCUUGCCUUUCCGGAUAAUUUUAGCAGAUUGCACGAUAAAGGUAAAGACACUCCAAAAAUAUUGAAGCAGCUCAGCCGCCUUUUCCCGAACAAAGUGACCAUUCAGAUACCCCAGGAUGAAACAGUACUAGUGGACUGGAAACAACAGUUGGAUCGCGAUAUUGAAACAAUGAAAUCACUAUCGAACAUUGGCAGCAUUCGCUUGGUUCUGAAGAAGAUUGACAUUGAUUGCCCUGAUCUGGAAACUUUAUCCAUUAAAGACCUAUCUUUGACUAAUGAAAGCGCUGAAAAAAUAAUUGGCUGGGCUUUGAGCCAUCACUUUAUGCAAUGCUCUGAAGCCACACUCAAGGAAUCAAAACUUGUCAUUUCAAGUGAGAGUAUUAGCCAUGGGCUAAACAUUCUACAAGCAAUUCAAAAUGAAAAUAAGAGCGUGAAGAAGUCUCUUAAGGAUGUGGUUACUGAAAAUGAAUUUGAGAAAAAGCUGCUUGCUGAGGUUAUCCCUCCAGGCGAUAUUGGAGUAACUUUCGAUGACAUUGGAGCAUUGGAAAAUGUGAAGGAAACUUUAAAGGAGUUGGUGAUGCUACCUCUGCAAAGGCCAGAAUUGUUCACUAAAGGGCAACUUACAAAGCCUUGUAAAGGGAUAUUGCUUUUCGGGCCUCCUGGUACUGGCAAAACUAUGCUUGCAAAGGCUGUUGCAACUGACGCGGGUGCAAACUUUAUCAACAUAUCCAUGUCAAGCAUCACUUCAAAAUGGUUUGGCGAAGGAGAAAAAUAUGUGAAAGCAGUCUUCUCCCUGGCUAGCAAAAUAGCUCCUAGUGUCGUUUUUGUUGAUGAGGUCGACAGUAUGUUAGGGAGACGUGAAAACCCGGGAGAACAUGAGGCAAUGCGCAAAAUGAAGAAUGAAUUUAUGGUGAAUUGGGAUGGUUUACGUACAAAGGAUAAGGAACGGGUUUUGGUUCUUGCAGCCACAAACAGGCCUUUUGAUCUUGACGAGGCUGUAAUCAGAAGGCUGCCGAGGAGGCUGAUGGUCAACUUACCAGAUGCUCAAAAUAGGGUUAAAAUUUUGAAGGUGAUAUUGGCCAAGGAAGAAUUAUCUCCGAAUAUUGACCUUGAAGCCGUCGCUAACAUGACAGAAGGGUAUUCAGGAAGUGAUCUCAAGAACCUAUGUGUCACGGCUGCACAUUGCCCUAUAAGAGAAAUUUUGGAGAAGGAAAAGAAGGAGAAAGCCUCGGCAUUAGCAGAGAAUCGACCGUUGCCUGCAUUGCAUAGCAGUGCAGACGUUCGGCCCUUGAGUUUGGAUGACUUCAAAUAUGCACAUGAACAGGUUUGCGCAAGCGUCUCGUCUGAGUCGCAAAACAUGAACGAGCUUCUCCAGUGGAAUGAACUCUAUGGGGAAGGGGGUUCUCGGAAGAAGGCAUCACUGAGCUACUUUAUGUAG